AAUGAUGAUACCUUACGUGGGACAGGCGGCCUCUGUGGUGUUAGAGCCGACGGUGACUGUUCUCAACACUAUCGACUCUGGGGUGUCAAAAGUGGAGCCAGUUGUUGGGAAAUUCGCCGGCUUGUUGGAUAGAUGGACGGAACCUCUGAAAACGGUAAAGGAAAAGGUGGAAUGGGCGGAGAAAAUCAUCGGUAAUUUCACAAAGGUUGUGUUUCUGGUUGAGGCUAAAGCUGGAGCGGCGGAAGGAUGUGUGGACGCACUUCCAGCUGGUCGAUCUCCGGCGAUCCACGCCUUAGAAGGGGUGUCCAGGAAAAUGGAUGUCUUUCCAGAGGGUUUUGGUAAAGUUCUGGGAACAGUGAACAAGGGGUGUUCAAAAGUAGAGAACGUCCUGUCUAAACUCCAUGUAUUGCGCAGGCGCAGGGGAUUACCGAAGCUAAGUGCAGUCAAACAUGUCCUGGACGCAAUCCUGAAUGCUUUUGGUCCGCUCGGGCACUUCUUGGACAAGGUGGAUCACAUUCUGCACAAGAAGUUCUGUCUCAUCCACAGUUUGGGGAAGUUGGUGGAGGAAGUCGGAGAGAAAGUAAUCGACGGCGCUGAAAAAGUCCUAAAAGGAGCAGAGCAUCUCGGGAAAGAAGUCCUUAAAGGGGCUAAGCACUUUGUGGACGAAGCCGGACAUGUGUGGGCAGAAAUCGAAGAAGGGGCGGAGCAUGUUUUGCACGAGGUAGGACACGGCCUCGAACAUGCUGGCAAGGAAAUCGCCAAGGGGGCUGAACACGUUGGUAAAGAAGUCGUGAAAGGCGCGGAACACGUGGCCCAUGAGGUUGGAAAAGGCGCUGAACACGUGGCCCACGAGGUAGUGAAAGGAGCGGAACACGUAGGCCAUGAGGUUGCAAAGGGCGCUGAACACGUGGCUCACGAAGUUGGUAAAGGUAUCUCACACGUGGGUCACGAAGUGUCGCACGCAAUUCACCACGUUGGACACGUGAUCCACCACAUAUUUGGCCGUCGGAAUGCAGUGGAUAAGUACUAUCUCAUCGAUGGAAAGUUGUACGUACUGGUUGAUGGUAAUGUGGAUACCCGCUCGCGCAGAGGGCUUGAUAUCUGCAUCCGGGUCAGCGACAUUCUGAAGGGAGUUAACUACGUCACAGGGGGAUUAAUGAGCAAGGCACAGUCUUUGAUUGAUGCUGUUUUUCCACGGGAAGAGUCCAUUCCAUAUUCCAGGCGGAGUUUGUUGAUCUCCCCCAACCAUAACCCGGUUGAAUCCUCCGACUCGUCUUACUAA